GCACUGGCGUCGAUGCUUGUGAUGUACUCGCUCUAACACGGAUGAAGGCCCCAUGGAGGGCGCAGUCGCUUUCAACACUUGUUUGGGUACUUACAGACACUCGCUUCGACACAGAUUUAGAGCACUAGCAUGGCAACUCGGUUCCGCAUUGGCUUGCAAUUUCGCUUUCAACACUGCUUUCGGCACUGGCGUCUACCACUUGAGGGCUUCUGCACUGGCGUCGAUACUCGUGCUGUAUUCCCUUCGACACUGGUUGAGAC